UCGGUCCAGUAGUUUAAUGGCUGGUAAGUAAGUUCUUGCUUGGAUGGAUAUCCAAAAUACUACACAAUAGGGUAUCAGUUCACACCUGGGCGAGACGGAAUGAUGGUUGUAUAAAGCUAUCUCCUACGCUGUAAGGCGGAAGAGGUUGUGCUAUCAGCCAAUGAGCAUAUUUCUUUCUCCAUCAGUAACUUAUUUUUCAGUCAUUUGUCCUGUUACUAAGAGAAUGCAGCAAAUCAUACCACAUCCACGAAGCAGCAUAACAUUGUGACUACCCCUCCUCGUGUCCGGGUAUCACUCGUAACUAGGCUAUGGUCGCGUCUACGCACGUACAUAACUACGGUGGUCGAUGAAACUGUUCAGAGCCGCGUUGACGCACGGUUCGAGAAACAUGAAGAGUGGCUUGCCGCACGUCUUGACAAUAUACUUGAGGACCGGAACAAGGCCGAUCAUCGUAACAGACGAGACAUAUAUGAAGCUGCAUGGCGCGAUGCAGCAACCUCGAGUGCUCGGUUCGUCAACGAGAACUUUCCCGAUGCAAUGCCUUACUACGAUAAAUACGAGACUCUACGGCAUGCUCUCGAUGAAGCCCCGAAAGAAGGCAUGGCUCUCGAAUUCGGGGUCUAUCAAGGCUCCACUCUUCGGAAAAUUGCGGCCAGACGGUCUGGUGGAGUUUACGGGUUCGACUCUUUUGAAGGCCUUCCAGAGGCUUGGCGUUGGGUGAUCCGCCCCGGGGCCUUCGCCGUUGAAGCCCCACCUGAGGUGCCCGGCGCCGAACUAGUAGUCGGAUGGUUCGACAAGACCUUGGUGCCCUUCCUUGCUGAGCACCCCGGACCCAUCGCCCUGCUCCACAUCGACAGCGAUCUAUACUCCUCAGCAGUGACUGUUCUAGAGCACUGUGGACCACGUCUAGUAGCUGGGUCAAUUGUAAUAUUCGACGAGUAUUUUAAUUUCCCGGGCUGGGAACACGACGAGCAUCGUGCGUGGCAGGAAUAUGUCGAUCGUACCGGGACGCGCUUCAGCUGGCUUGCUUAUACUGCUGAUAACGAACAGGUAGUGGUUCGGAUCGAUGACCCAGGAACCAAGCCCUGAUAUAUGAGGUUCGAAAAGAACUUGAUCUGGCCUCCACUUCUAAUAGGGUUGCUGUUUAACAACCUUCGGUUGAGAAUAGGAGUCGAUGCCCGAAUUAUACACGGAUUUAUGAAGCCAAUUUAGAUUACGUGCCUAGCUACGUUACAUAUACCUAAACUAAAGUCUAGAAACAUGAAAUUGAGACUUAACUGGUGAUAUACGAACCAGUUUAUCUCAGUCCAACGA